CCUAAUUUAAAAGUGUGUUUUUCUGACCUUAGGCUUUUAGCCCAGCUGCCAAGAGCAAAUGUUGUUCUCUUGCGAUACCUUUUUGGAGUGCUAUACAACAUUGAGCAACAUUCGUCAUCCAAUCAGAUGAAAGCUUAUAAUUUAUCCGUUUGUAUAGCCCCAUGCGUUCUUUACCCACCUGAUUCCGAAAGCUUGGAAUUGGAAGACAACAUGAUAAAAAAGAUUUGUCUUGUACAAUUUCUCAUUGAAAAUUGCCUCAGGAUAUUUGGAGAAGACAUCACUUCCCUCUUGGGCGAGAACUCAAUGAGUCGUGGUAACAGCGAGAAGGCUGCAGACUCCGGCCGGAAGACUGUGAAAAGCCCUUUUUUCAGAGACAGGGCCUUUUGGUGGGGCUCCCGCACUUGCCAGCUCACCCAGUGCACAGCCCCACCUUCCGCAAAGCCAGGACAGCUCUUUGGAGUUUCCCUCAUGGAUAUCUGUGAUAAAGACAACCUGCCCUUUCCAAUUCUGGAUAUGCUUUCCUUUAUUAAUCAAAAAGGGCCACUCACAGAAGGCGUCUUCCGCAAAUCAGCCAAUAUAAAAUCCUGCAGAGUCCUAAAGAAAAAACUAAAUUCUGGGGUCAAAGUGAACCCGUACAGCGAAUCUGUUCAUGUGGUCGCAUCCGUCUUAAAGGACUUUCUUAGAAAUAUCGAAGGAAGUAUAUUUUUAUCCGAUCUCUAUGACAAAUGGCUCAGUGUUAUUGAUCAAGGCAACAAAGAGGAGAAGAUAACUGCAGCCCAGAGGUAAUGAUGCCAUAAUUACUCUACUCUGGUCACAUCUCCAAAAUACACCCAACAUACUAUCAGGAAAACAUUGGCUUACGUUUUGCAGCUUUGCCUACUAAAAUCAUGACCAACGCCAAAGAGUUUCAAUUCUUCACACCCAUGGGGUCCAGCUUCAGAAUAGAGGCAUGCUUUAGGGCUAUUAUUGUUCUUCUCCUGAUCUUAUUAAUGUGGACUCCUUGGCCAUUUUACCCCUUCUGGAUCCAUGAAAGUGGUAGACGAAAUUCCCUGGUCCAAGACAGAUGCUAGAGCAUUGACUUCCAGGGCUAUGACCUUAAAAGUCUGUGAAACAUUUAACUAAGCAGAGAAGUUGUUAUCUGGCUCAGGAACUGAAUUCAGUGCAACAAUUUUGUAUACCUUCAUGCCUGGAACUCUGCUAGAGCGGGUUGUGUGCUAGAUAUACAAGGAUGUAUCCUGUUCCCUGUCUCUGUUUUUCCAACCUCUUAAGUGGGAUCACUUGCCUAAUUUAAAAGUGUGUUUUUCUGACUUUAGGCUUUUAGCCCAGCUGCCAAGAGCAAAUGUUGUUCUCUUGCGAUACCUUUUUGGAGUGCUAUACAACAUUGAGCAACAUUCCUCAUCCAAUCAGAUGACAGCUUAUAAUUUAUCCGUUUGUAUAGCCCCAAGUGUUCUUUACCCACCUGAUUCCGGCAGCUUGGAAUUGGAAGACAACUUGAUAAGAAAGGUAAUGAGAGGUCUCAUUCUUGUCCCCCAGGGGGUAGAAUCCCUACU